AUGCAUCGACGCCGUUUCACUCUCUUCACCCUCCAACUCCUCACUAACAACAAUCUCCUACGCCCACUCCCCACCUUAACUCCCCUACACCUUCACCACCGUCACCUCUCCACCACCUUCCGCCGUCCACCACCUGACCCAAACGAUCCUUCAAUACUCCUCAAAGAAGACGGAUUCUCCCUAUGUUCCCAAAUGUGGAUCGACAAUUUCCGUCACCCCGACAAAAUCAUCACCAACCUCUCCUCCUUCCUCCGCCGUUUCGAACUCUGGCUCCUCGCCUACCAAAAAGUCACUACAGACGAAACCGGUUCCUACACGCCUCGCAGCUCAAUUCAACGACCUCAACUCGAAGACCUUCUCGCUCUUCGUAACGCUGUUAUCGAUGGUAAUUUCAAAUGGGGUUCGCGGCUUAAAUUUCAUAUCAAAUCACCUAUUGAUAAAACCGAUUAUGAAUCCCUUUCCAAAAGAAAAAUCAAAAUCAUAUUAACUACUACCCAGCCCACACCUUUUCAAGAUAAAAUUGUUCAGGAGGUUCUUUUGAUGAUCCUUGAACCUAUUUAUGAACCUAGGUUUUCGUCCAAGAGUUUUGCUUUUCGUCCUGGUAGGACGCCGCAUACUGUUUUGAGAAUUAUUAGGAGGAAUUUUGCUGGCUAUUUGUGGUAUUUGAAAGGUGAUUUGAGUACUUUGUUGGAUGGGGUGAAAGUAGGGUUAGUGAUUAAUGCUGUUAUGAGAGAUGUUAGGGAUAAGAUGGUUGUUGAUUUGUUGAAAUCUGCGUUGGUUACGCCGGUUGUAACGAGUAAGGUUGAUGAUAGAGAGAAGAAGAAGACAAAGAGGAAGUAUCAGAAGAAGAGGGUUUUGAAUGAGGAUGAACCUAAGCCUGAUCCUUAUUGGUUAGACACUUUUUUUGGAUUUGCACCCGAGGAAGCUGAGAAGGUUCCGAACUGGGGUCAUUGUGGAGUUUUGAGUCCUCUUUUGGCGAAUAUUGUUUUGGAUGAGUUGGAUCGUUGGUUGGAAGGGAAGAUGAAGGAGAUUUAUGUUCCUUCCAAGAGUGAUGUUAUAUGGAAUAGUCCUGAAGGGGAAGCUGAACAGGGAAACACUUCCUGGCCGGAGUUUGUGCCUACCAGUGGACCUGAUAAAACUAGGAAGAUGGAUUUUAUAAGAUAUGGAGGUCAUAUCUUGAUUGGUGUUCGGGGUCCUAGGGCGGACGCGGCUACAUUGAGGAAGCAGUUGAUUGAGUUUUGUGAUCAGAAGUUGAUGGUCAAGCUUGAUAAUGAAUGCCUUCCUAUAGAACAUAUAACCAAAGGUAUAAUGUUUCUCGAUCACGUGCUUUGUAGGAGGGUUGUUUAUCCAACUCUUAGGUACACUGCAACUGGUGGUAAGAUCAUUAGUGAAAAGGGUGUUGGAACACUUUUGUCUGUCACGGCGAGCUUAAAGCAAUGCAUUAGGCAAUUCAGAAAGUUGAGUUUUCUAAAGGGUGAUAGGGAUCCUGAUCCCCAACCUUGUUUUAGGAUGUUUCAUGCCACUCAAGCUCACACCAAUGCUCAAAUGAACAAGUUUUUGUCAACCAUGGUUGAAUGGUAUAGGUUUGCAGACAAUAGGAAGAAGAUUGUGAACUUCUGUUCUUACAUCAUAAGAGGCUCACUUGCAAAGCUUUACGCUGCUAAAUACAAGCUUCGCUCUCGUGCAAAAGUGUAUAAGAUUGGUGCCCGAAAUCUGAGCCGUCCACUGAAGGAGAAGAAAGGACAGUCUCCUGAGUAUCAAAAUUUGCUUAGGAUGGGUCUUGCUGAAUCAAUCGACGGGCUCCAGUAUACAAGGAUGUCUCUCGUACCUGAGACAGAUUACACCCCAUUCCCUGGUAAUUGGAGGCCUGACCAUGAAAAGUCAUUGCUAGAAUACAUAAAGUUAGAAGAUCCAAAGACUUUGGAGGAGCAACAGAGUGGCAUCAGAGAACAAGGUCUUGUUACACCUCAAGAUUACAUUUCAAUGCUUGUUUGGAAUUACAAAAGGAAUUCUCUUCCCAUGGACCAUCUCUCCGUAAUAAAGAGCAAUGAAAGUGUCUUAGGGAAUCAACAUUUGCUAGCUGGCUCAAACCAGGAUGACCAUGAACACAUAAGCAAAGAGGAAGAAACUGAUGCAGGGAUAAAUGAAGCACAGAUGUAA